CCCUGUCUUCUUCACAUACACCCCUCGUUGAAUGAACGUGUAAGGACGACUAGUCCCGUUCAUUUCCCCCGUCUUGGUGAGCUCGGUGAUGCGUGCAAUCGUGUUGCCGUUUGGAGCCUACUGACCGUUGGUGCGCAGUCUUCUCCCGUCAGUGUUGGAUUUGCGCUUGCAUUGCGUACUCCGUAUGAAACCUGCGCAUAGCCACGUCGUCUUCAGUGCGUCACCAUGCGCGUGAAGUUCACCAUCAGCUGUACCAGGUGUCUGUUUUCGGUGUUCUCCUGCCAUGGCAUGGACAUUCUUACGGUGGAAGGCAUCGGGUCGAAGGCGACCGGAUACCAUCCGGUGCAGGAGCGAUUGGCACAGUUCAACGGCACACAGUGCGGGUACUGUUCGCCCGGCAUGGUGAUGAGCAUGUACAGCCUGCUGGAGGCGAACAACGGCAGCGUCACGAUGGAAGAUGUGGAGAAGGCACUGGCAGAGAACAUCUGUCGCUGUACCGGCUAUCGACCGAUUCUAGAUGCGUUCAAGUCAUUCGCAGUCGAUGCACCGCCCGAGGAUAGGCUGGCUCGUCGGGCUAUGGGCAUCACCUGUGCCUCAGACAUCGAAGAUCUGCCCCGGGCGAGCUGUGUCGGUUGUGAGCGGGAAUGUUCCGCCAAGGGUUGCUCCGAUGAGACGAUUGAGCUGCAGUUCAUGUAUCAAGAUCGUCGGUGGUUUCGAGUGCGCACAGUGGACGAAAUAUUUGACAUCCUGCGAGAGGAGGACGUGAGCCCUGGGAUGUACAUGCUGGUGGCGGGCAACACGGGUCACGGUGUGUACCGGAGAGCCGCAGACUUACGAGUGUUCAUAGAUGUGCGCCACGUGGAGGAGCUGCGCAACUACUGGAUCGGAAGUUCGGUGAUCGUCGGUGCGAAUGUGACGCUCAGUGAGCUGAUUGAGAUAUUGCGAGAGGCGGCCAGAGCCGAUCGGCGCUUUACGUACUGUGGCGAGCUGGCACGUCAUGUGGAAGAGGUCGCACAUCCCGCAGUGCGGCACGUCGGGACGAUCUCUGGGAAUCUAACGCUCAAACAUCGUCAUCCUGAGUUUCCAUCCGAUCUGUUCGUUUUGUUCGAAUCGAUCGGUGUCGAGAUGACGAUUGCUUCCCCCAGUGGUGCGAUGGAAAAGCUGCGGUUUGGGUACGGUUUUGCUGGUGUUGUUUUAUGCCAUUCGCGCCUGUUGUGAGGGUUGAGGAGUUGUAGUAAGUGAAAGGAAUCGUUAAAGAAGCUCUGGUAACAGAUAGAACCGAGGACGAUUUGUUUUAUUCAUUCGGUUUUGGUUGAUAGAUCACGCGAUGAACGUUAUGUCUUAUUUUACCAGAUUUGAUAUAUUUUCCAAACACAUG